AUGUCUCCCGUUUCCAAGGUCUAUGGGGCCACAUACUCGACUUGCACUCAGCGGGUGCUCUUCCUGCUCGAGGAGCUCGGGAUACCGUACGAGCUAGUCUCGAUUAGUAUGAAGGAAGGGGAGCAUAAGACACCGACUUUCGUAGAUCAACAGCACCCUUUUGGACGUCUCCCGGCAUUUGAAGACGCGACUACGAAAGUAUUUGAAUCCCGCGCAAUUUGCUAUUACCUGGCCGCGAAGUACGGUGGUCCUCUCCGCCCACCUUGCGAAGACGUGAAGUUAUCACGAUUCCAACAAGCAGCGAGUGUGGAAUACUCAUACUUCGAUCCACCUAUCACGCAAUUAGCCUACCAGAAACUAUUUAAAAGGCAAAUGGGUCAAGGGGAGCCCGACGAGCAGUUGGUCCAUGAAUGUGAGCGUAGAAUACAGGAAUGCCUAGAUUACUACGAACAACUUCUAGGGGAGGACGAAUACCUCGCUGGAAAGAAGUUCACCCUUGUGGAUAUCUUUCAUGCCCCUUGGAUCGCCUUCCUAUCCAGAUUAGAGAUGGAGAGCGAUAUUAGUUCAAGGAAGAAUUUGAAUGCGUGGUGGGACAGGGUCCGCAACCGGCCUGCGUGGAUGGCUGUCACGAAUAUGGCAUGAUUGGGAUUAAUUAUACAUGCUGUACGAUGUAUAGAGAGCCUGUUUGCUGAAGAGUUUAUGAGGAGUCUAAACUGCACAUGGAAUGCUUACACUCGGCCGGAGGGUGCUUUAGAUUAGGUAGCUGGAAUUGGGAUCUGCAGAUUGGCGAAUAUGUGGCGGCAGCAAGAAUACCUGAGAACACUACGAAUACUGAGUAGGUGAACGCUAAUGCCUAAAAGGAGAGUAUUACGAUUCUUGGU